AUGUGGACACGACAGAAGCAUAGAGACAUAGAGACAUAGAUAAUUAGAUUCAUUCAUAAAUACAAGCAUCCAUCCCAUUCCAUUUCUGACAGUGAUAGAACCAAAAAUCAAUAAAUGGAUCUGUCACCUCAUAGCAUAUGUUUGUAUUAUUUAGACAAAUUGUCAAUAGCUGCCUGGAGCAGACUGAGACCUUUCAGUCUGAGGCACUGGGCAGUUGUCAUGUCUCUGAGACCAAGUCUAAAUAUAGACAACUAUUCAUAGAAUAUCCUAACACUGGGCUUCACAGGCUCUCUGGCCUGACAACACCACGCUGUGAACUGUGAAGUUUCUUCACUGUCUGACUGUGGACUGUAGACAACAACAAGCAUGGGGGACUUCCAGCAGUUUGAGCAGGACUUCUACCAGGCAGAAUAUUACAUCGAUGACCAGGGUCAAAGUGUAGCCUACUACGAAAACCCGGCAUGUUAUGAUGAUGGAGCACAGACUUUCAUGCCAGAGCCUCUGGAUCCUUCUAUGGAGCAGCAAUACACUGGACAGUUCUACCAACCUACAAUGCCCUCUGGCAGUAUGGGAGCAGAUUGUCCUGAAGAGGAACCUCCACUUCUCGAGGAACUUGGCAUCAAUUUAGACCACAUCUGGCAGAAGGCACUAACAGUGUUGAACCCUUUUAAGCCUGCAGAUGGCAGCAUCAUGAAUGAGACUGAUCUGACAGGUCCUAUCGUCUUCUGCCUCUCACUGGGGGUCACUUUAAUGAUGGCAGGUAAAGCUCACUUUGGUUAUGUGUAUGGCACCAGUGCCACAGCCUGCACUGGGAUGUACAUUCUGCUGAGUCUGAUGAGUUCCCUGGCAGUGUCUUUCGGAUGUGUGGCCAGUGUUCUGGGCUACUGCCUCCUGCCCAUGGUAGCCCUCUCUGCAUUCGCUGUCUUCUGCUCCCUGCAAGGCAUCCUGGGUACAGUUCUGGCUGCAUUAGGGAUAUGUUGGUGUAGUUUUUCUGCUUCAAAGAUCUUCAUCUCUACCCUGGCUAUGGAGGGCCAGCAGCUGCUGGUGGCUUACCCAUGUGCCCUGCUCUAUGGACUUUUUGCAUUGGUCACUGUGUUUUAACUAUCACAGAUUAAACCCAGAGAGAAAUCUUCAUUAUUCAAGUUGAAAUAUUUUGCUUUAAUUUAUUUCUUUCUUUUACUAAUGUUACAAGUAAAGGUAUGGAAGAAUAUGAGGGCCACAUGUGAAAAUGUAUUUGAGUUUUGAGUUUAAAGUUAAACAAAGAAAGAUAGAAAAAGAGAAGCCUAACUGUCAGAAUCCUUCUUUAGUCUUUAUUCACAUGUGGACCAUAUCCUCUUCCAUAAAGGGGGCAGUGUGCUUUCACCAGUCUAUUUGUCUGUUUAGGUCUAAUAUUCAUAAGGACUUUGGUUCAUGUUUGUAUAUUAUAGGCUGUAUGCAAAUGGUUAUCUGUUCUUAUAAAAGAAGCUGAAGUAUUUUUUUUGUCUAUAUACUUUAAGGUUUCUAUGUGAACUA